AUGCCGAUGACUGCCUCUACCUCUACAACUGUGGAACCAACUUCUUCCUACGGGUACGACUCCAUCUUCAGCACCAGCACAUCCUCUGGCGCGGCCGCUUCAGCUACCGCCUCCGAUGAAUACCCCGUAUUCCCAAACGGCGCCUAUGUCUCCAGGUUCUAUGUUGUCUCAUCCCAGGACUCUGGUCUAACCGACCUUGACAUCGAUCUCUACAAUGAAUGCUACCUGCCGUAUAACCCGCUGCGACAUCACAACUUCCGCAGGGAUGACGCGACUGAAGCAAUCUCUCCCAAGCCUACCUAUCUGAUCGACGAGGCUCCGUGUAAACGACAAGCGGCGAUCAAUUCUAAUUGCUACUUUGACAACACAAACGGAACAUUUUCGGGCCUUGAGCCGUAUUCGGGUGAUUGGGACGUCCAGCAGCAAUGCUAUUGUGGCAUAUAUCCUUUCUUUGACUCGGCGGUCGGUUGUCAGGAGUGUUUCAGAAAGCAUGGAGGCAUUGAGGGCUACCACUGGUUCCCAGAGAGUUACGUGAUGGGAGUUUCUAGCGCCUACUGUAGCGCCGACCCCCAAACGACAGGAUUCUAUCCGUUCGCAGAUCAAUGGUCGAAGACAUCGGCGACCAGUCUGCCGACUAGCACUGCUGUUGACAGCUUAGGCACCCAGACAGCUGCUAGUCUUUACUACACCUACACUGCGGAAAAAACAGCUGCCGGUGGUAGUGGCAGUGAUAAAAGCAGUGCUGCAGCAAGCACACGCCUGAGCUUGAGAAGCGCCCUAGUGGCUGCGUUGCCACUGGUUUUAAUGUUAUCUCGAUGA